CUCUCAAGCGGGUCCGAAUCCGGGUUAUAACAAAACCCUGUUCUCCUUCCAUUCCACGCGUUAAAGAGAGAAGAAAGAACGAAGAAGAACGAACGAACGAACGGCAGACGACGGACGAACAUCGAUCUCGACGAACGACAGCCAACACCAAGGGGUGAAUGAGCAUUUGGGAUAUCAAUCAACAACCGUGCCUUCGAAAUUGUAUCUGCCGGCGGCUUAGAGUGCAUGUGGUACUACUACGAAGUGGACCAGUGGAUGUUUAAUCUAUGUUCAAUGAUGAUGGGCCAUUCGCCUUCAACAACAUGCAUGAAUUCUCCGCAGCCGAUGGUUUUGUGGAGAUAGCUGAACACUUGGCAGAGAUGAUAAAAUAUGCUGCCAAUGAGCCUUCCGUAGGGCUUUUCUACAUUCAGCAGCACACCCAAAAUGCAGUGCCCAACCUCAUCAACCUCAAAAACAGUGUCACAGAGAAGUCUCGCGAGCUAACUUUACAUACAGAAGAUCUUGAGGAUUCCAUCACAUCAGUGGGUUCUAUGAAAGAGUGUGGCUUCCCAAUCGCUGACGAAAUGAUCAAAGACAUCACGAAAUCCCUAUCCAUCAUGUCGUCAAAACAAGCAAAAAGUGGGUUGAUACGAAACCCUAGUUCGGGGUUCCAAAUGGGUAGGACUAGCUCGUGGGGUCCAUCUACUUGGGGUCGUAACGCGGGUUCCCAACGGCAAGAUGGAGAGAGAAGUAAUAAUUAUAUUUCGUCUGUUUUGAAGUCGGCUAAAGAAAGAGCGACCAAUUUCAAGUGGACUCAACUGGAUUCUAGAGAAAUGAGACAAAUUAAGGUGGAGAGAGUUGUGCCUCGUUCCAGUACACCGCCACCGGUUCCAGACACAGAAGUUGAUGAGUUGCCUUUAUCGAGUCAGAUUGCUGAUGAGCGACAACAAGAAGAGGACUUCUCAGUUGAUGAAAGUUUUUCAAAACAUGAACCGGUUUUGUUACCAGAAAACUUUGAGGAAUUUAGGGCUGAUAGAGAAGCAAAACUAGAGGAUUGGUUGGGUAGGACUGACAACAAGGAUGGUCGUGUGGUGGGAGGAACUGGUGCUAUUGUUUAGCUUGACAGUGGUUUGAGUGCUGCAGAAACAUUGACUUUGUAAGCAUUGUUGUUGUACUAUUUUUUUUGCGCUUGGUAUCUCGACACUGAAAUAAGGUCACUUCAUUUUGAUUUCUCAGAAUGGAGAUUCUGUUGUCAAA